GUUAGCAGCGGUGGGGCCUGCGCCGGCCUCCCUUGUCCCUGCUGUACUGGCGGGCUCUGCUUUUGGGGCUGCGCUGGGAGCUGUCAGUCAGGGAGCAGCCCCAGCCCAGAGUGAUGUCAGCGGAUCAGCUGCUGUAUAACAAAGCGGCGAGAGCUGAGUGUGGGGCGAGGAAAGCGGUCGUUGUUUCAGGGCGCGUUGCGUGGCGGCGGCCUGUUAAGUGAGCUCUACGGGGAGACAACGUCAACCACCCGCCUUCUCCGGCUGGGCUAAGCAAGUGCCGGGACAGGCAAGAGUGCGGGCGCGCUUCCAAGCCAAGGAAGUUGCUUCUCCGGGCUGAGCCAUGGACAGUGACGAGGAAACGUUGGAAGAGACUAUCGAGGGUGCACUUGAUGAUGAUGGGAUGCCACACGGGUUCUGUACAGUCACAUACUCCUCCACAGACAGAUUUGAGGGGAAUUUUGUGCAUGGAGAAAAGAAUGGUCGUGGAAAGUUCUUCUUCUUUGAUGGAAGCACACUAGAAGGCUAUUAUGUUGAUGAUGCUCUACAAGGCCAGGGUAUAUACACUUACGAAGAUGGUGGGGCUCUCCAUGGCACUUACAUGGAUGGUGAACUAAAUGGGCCAGCCCAGGAAUAUGAUGCUGAUGGGCGACUGAUAUUCAAAGGGCAAUACAAAGAUAAUAUUCGAUAUGGAAUUUGUUGGAUAUACUACCCAGAUGGUGGACAUCUGGUUGGAGAAGUUAAUGAAGAAGGAGAGAUGACUGGAGAGAAGAUAGCCUAUGUAUAUCCUGAUGGGAAGAUGGCCUAUUAUGGACAGUUCAUAGAUGGUGAAAUGUUAGAGACAAAGCUGGCAACCCUAGUAUCCAUAGAAGAGGGAAAGCCAGAAUUUGAAGUGGUGCCAGGCAGCCCAGUAUACAGAUUUGAUAAAUCUACUUCAUCUUUCAUUUCUACAAAUGCACUUCUUCCUGAUCCUUAUGAAUCUGAGAGGGUGUAUGUAGAUGCAUCUCUUAUUUCCAGUGCUGGAGAAGGGUUAUUUGCUAGAGUACCUGCUGAAGCUGGAACAGUUAUGUCCUUUUACAACGGUGUACGAAUUACACACCAGGAGGUGGAUAGCAGGGACUGGGCUUUGAAUGGAAACACCAUAUCCCUUGAUGAUGAAACAGUCCUAGAUGUACCAGAACCCUACAACCAUGCAGCCAAAUACUGUGCUUCGUUGGGACACAAGGCAAAUCAUUCUUUCACACCUAACUGUGUUUAUGACUCAUUUGUUCAUCCUCGUUUUGGGCUGAUUAAAUGUAUUCGCACUAUUAGGGCUGUUGAGAAGGACGAAGAAUUAACAGUGGCUUAUGGAUACGAUCACAAUCCCACUGGACAAAAUGGACCAGAAGCACCAGAGUGGUAUCAGGUGGAAAUGAAAACCUUCCAGGCUGCCCAGAAAAAGUGAAGCAUGUAGUUUCCCUCUUCAGAAUGGAUCUAUGCACUACCAUUGAUACUGAAAAUCAGGACAGCCAGGAAUUGUCUAUGCUGUCUUGCUACCCUUCUCUGUGUCAGAGAGGGUUUCUUUUGCAUACUAACCAGUUUUAACAUUUAUGUUAGAGUGGUUUUUAAAAAAAUUAGCUAGUGCCGUAAAAGAACUAUUUAAUAUGCUAUACAAAGCCGUGUGAUUAUUUGGCACCCAUUCUGUAUCAUAUGCAAAGUUGCCAAAUUUCAGAAUGGGGGAAAUAGGGUGGGGUUUUUUGUGUGUGCAUAAAACCUAGUUGUUACUGUGCAACUGCAUUUUGUACACAUGCCAUUUUGUGAUGGUAAUAGAAUUGUGCUGUUUUUUAAUAUUCUAGAAAAGGAGCAUAAUUUUUGCUCUCAAAAGCUUUAAGAAUAUUGUUUUAGAACAGUUUCUGUCUUGGAGCACAGGAGGCUGUCAUUUGUAGUUCCCCUCUCUCUCAAAACACUGUCACUUUCCUAAAAGACACUUCUGGGAGUCAGCACAAAGGUUUAAACAGCAGUGUUGGUUUUUAGGGCUGUGUGGACAAAUUAUUUUAGAAACGUGCCUAAGAAUUACACCAGAGCUGGUGUAAUUUUAAUUAUGCUGAUCACACUUGAAUAAUUUCUAGUUGGCUUUUUUUUACAAUGUUGAAAACAGAGUAAUUUAUAAAGAUAUGCUGAUUAUUAUAAUCAGUGUGGAAACAAGUGAUUCAAGGUUGUAUUAAAAGGGGGAGGGUUGGCUUGCUAAACCUUCUUGCUCUCCUUUCCCCCCCCCCUUUCCUGUCUUUAAAUGGUUAGGUGGAAUUCAGGGAGAGAAAUAUGUCUGUUGAGGCAGGUUUAUUUUGAUACAUAGGUAAAGAAAGAACUGGAAUAAAAUAGGGAGUAAUUUGAAAGGAUCAUGGCAAAACCUUGAAUUUUUACUGUAGAACAAAUCAUGUUUAUGUACAUACCAAAUAUCUUUUGUGGUAAUUAUAAAAUACAUUUUAGAAUUCUUAACUACAGUUUAUCUGUGAUCAGUGAAAUGAUAUCAUUAUAGAAAAUAAGACCUUUCAAGGCUGUGCGGGUCAGUUGUAAUUCUGGCAUUUACCUUUGUAAACAGACUUAUUUAUAUCUCAAAUGUAUUAAUUGGUCACUUGCUUUAAAAUGCUUGUAGUAGAAAAAAUGUGUGCCACUAUGAAGGGAAAUGGCUGUUAUUCUGCAGUCUUGUGACUAUUUACCUGAGAGUAAGCCUUCUGGGACUUACUUCUGAGUAGAUAUGCAUAGGAUUAUACUUUCAGGUUCUCCUGUGGAAAAAAAUCUCCUUGUGUAUGUAAGUGUAAGUUACCUGCAUGGUGAUCAUCCACAUGUAGAAAGGGGGAGAAGGGGAAGCACCAAUUACAAAGAGGGGGAAAGGAAAGAAAAAGAGGCAAGCCUCAAAAUAGUACUGAAAUAUGUAGAGAACUUGAGAAUAGUAAAUUGCCCCAUCCAUAAUGGUGGAAACCUUCCUCAGGGGCAUCUAGUAAGUGUAGCGUUGGUUGCCUAGACAGGCAGAGCAAUCAAACUCAGAGAAAGCCAGCAUAAGCGGGGCUGGAGCAAGAUAAACCAAUGUAAAGUUCUGCUGCAUCUAGUUACAAUCAGGAGCCUCUGGGUUGGCUGAAUGCUGGUUCAGCCAGGAGCUGUGCACAGGGACCAGAAAGUAAAAACCUGCUCUUCCAAAUACCCCUACAGGGGUGUAAGCCCUCGCCAUUGACUUCUAUUGUAAUUAUUUUCUUAGACUGACCUUUUUCCCAGCAUAACUUUUGCUUGGAUUGGGACCUGCAGGAGCACUCUGAAUGCAAGUCCCCUUGCCUCGGCCUCUCACCUGACAUGUCCCCAACACCCCCUUUUUUGGGCCUUAUACUGGCUCCGCUUGCGCCGGUCUUGGCUGAGCUGGCUGGAUCCUGGCGCCAUGCCAUGGAUAGCAUGGCUGAGCCAUAUAGCUGAGGGACUUAUGCCAGUGUAGCCCAGCUGAGCUGGGACCCAGCUGACUCAGCUGGAUUUCCCUUGCAUCCAACUCCUCUCAGCCUUGUGCAAAUGCCAGUUGGAUUGCGCCCUAACUCAACGAAUCAAAUUCUUGUACACAGAGAGGCUUCCACCAAAAUGCACUGAACAGUUUAAUAUUUUAAUAAAUUUUGAAGCUUACCUCUUAUUUUGCUCUUGCAAUCAUCUAGAUCUGUUAGAAUGCUGGUACAAGAGAAGUUCAAACUUCAGAAAGCUUUAGGUUUUAAGUUUGCUUUUUAACAUGGAAAGUAGGAUGAGCUUUAAAAAAAGGAUGACUUGGUCCUGGAGAAUGAUCAUUGUAACUCUGACAUUAAUGGAAUAUACUUACAGAGAGCUUUAUUUAAUGUCAGCUUUAUUUGAAAUGAGUGUUAAUGAAAUUGAUAUUUAGGCUUGCAUAGCAGAUGAACUUUUAUUUUGAUUUCAUGGCAAAAGAGGAGUGAAUGGCAGCCAUUUAGGCACUCCCAACGUUUCUACUUUGGUGACUCCAGCUAUGUCUUUUCAGCUUAUUCAAGUAUGCAAGUAGCUGGAACAGAUAAGAGUUCAUGGACAACUGAGCUUUUUGAGGCUGAACUAAUCUUUACUCAUGGCAGUAAACUGACAAAGGCUGAAAUUUUAUAAUGUUGCUUCUGCAAAUCAGUGCAAACAGAAGUGGAAAAGUGAAUUUCUUGCAUACACACAGCACUUAAGCACAACACAAACUGAUGUUAGUUGAUGAAAAUGUUUGUAGUCUUUGUUUUCAACAAAACAAUUGAUUUACUGAUAUUACUUCUAGAAAACAACCCACCACACAAAAUGCAUGAUUGACUAUAUUGGCAGUAGCACUUUAAAAAAAAGACAGUGUUGUCUAAAGGAAGCAAAAAAGUAUUACUUGAUUUAAUGUUUGUGUUUCUUAAAUCUAAAGUUGAGGAAGACAAGACAACCUCUUCCAUGAGAUUAUGAUGCUAUUGUGAUGGUAUUAGCAUGGUGUUUUCCUAAAAUAGGACAUGGAAGUUGCUUGGUUUGCUGAUCUUCCUAUAGUUGCUGUGAUUUUCUAAUAAGAUUUGCUUUGCAGGAUCAGAUCAAUUAAAGAUCUAUCUUGUCCAGCAUUGUGUUGUCCAACAGUGGCCAAGUAGAUAUCUCUGAAAAUUUGCAAGUAAGGUAUGAUGAGCCUCCCCAGCGUCUUGAACUUAGAUGUUUAUGGCUUCUGAACAUGGAGGUUUCAUUUAACUGUAAUGGCUAUUGGCAAAUUUGUCUUUCAUGAGGAGGCUUCUACUUUGGAUCCUUGCUAUCCUUUAAGACCAAGAGGAAUGUGGCUUAAGCUUAUGUGGUGGAAAAAGCACAUCAGUUAUAAUUGAGAAGUGUGAAGGGGAUACUUUGUAUGCGGUGGUCCAGCUUUUUCAGAAAGGAGCUGCCCCUUGCUUACAGCUAAAUUUCACUAUAGAACAGUUUGUGAGAGGUAUAAAGAUUUAUGGCAUUUGUCAAAAUCUAAUCACACACACACACACAAACUAUUCUUGCGCACAUGAUGGCUUUGACUUUCAAGAACUGUAUUUCAAAAAUAGUGGCAGAAUUUUUUAUCUUUUUCUGUGUGUGUCUGUGAGUGAUUUCCAGUAAAUGGCAGGGAGAGCAAGGAGCAGAGUGAAGUGAUUCGCUUACCGUUUUUUAAAUCUCCUGCCCCCAAUGAAUUAUUUCUCUUGCCUUUCCCAGUGACAGUUGUGAGACCAGCCCUGUGAAGCAGGAGAUGUAGCCAGCAGAAGUGUGUCACUGUAUUUCUGAGCAGACUGUUUUUGUGGAUGCACUAAACUAUACAUUGAGGCUUUAUAUAAGGCAGCACAGAGUGUCCAUUGUUGUGGAGAGUGUGAGGCAGGGGCAGAGGAAUAGUUUACCUAAUUGACCAUCUGUUAGACGCCACCCCAAUGGAUAAUCUCUCACCUUUUUAAAAAAAGAGAUCAAAUGGCAGUUAUUGACGAUACUCUAUCAACUUUAUGAAUUGUAGGGAGAGAGAGUAUAGAAGCAAAACUGAGAAUCUGCAGGAAUUAGGUUUGGAAAACAAGUCCAUGGAAACUUACAGAUUUGAGUACAAUCAUCUUGCCUUCUCCUGCAGAUUUUUAUCCUAGAACUGAUCAGUAAUUGGGUAAACUCUUUUUAAAAAGGUCACUGUAGAUCUUGCUUUGAGUAAGUUAUAUGUACAACAGCUACCUCCAUGUUCUGGAAACUCAAGCAAGCUUCAAGGAGUUAACAGAGCCUCUUACAAUUUCUAAACUCUAUUCUAGUUGGGGAUAUAUGCAAUGCUUUUAAUUAGUUCUAUGUAUCGUUUGGCUCUUGUGAACAUAACUAGAACAUAGAAUGAAUCUAAAUGUUAUGGAGCUUCGCAAGAGCAAAGCAACCUGUUUUCUAGCAUGUGGUAAUCCCCCCCCCGUCACCUGAUUACUUAUAUCAUUAUCUGUGCUUGAGGACAGCUGCUAUAUAUGUUUUUCAUAUAUCAGUUGGGAGAAGUAUUUGGGUGGCCUCUACUCUUUUCUUUACACUUUGUUUCAGCGAUUAUGGCUUGAUAAAUCCUGUUUCCUUUAUUUUACCAAGAAAUUAUUACAACUAUUUCUACACACCACCGUGUUCAGAAGAUUCUUCCUUGAUAGAUAGACUCUGCUAUUAAUGGGAUAGUGUGUACCUGUUUUAGGCUAUUAUUGCAAUAUAUUUGGUUGUACCCAGAAAAACCCUGUAGCAAAGCACCCAUAAUCCCCCCCUUUUAAGGCUGCUGUUGUCACUCCCAAAUAUUACAAGAUGUACAAGAUGGUGUCAUGAUCUUUGCUUCUAAAUAACCAUGGGGGAUCUUAUUGCAGUUCUUAUCCCAGAGCAGGUUUUCUUCUGCUUUAGUCUCCUGCCACAGAGGUCUCUGGCUCAAUCUCAUUCAGAGGAAGUAUGAACUGGCAGUGAUUGAGCAGGAACAAGACCAUGGAAUUUUAGUGGUUAGCUCAAUGAAAAAAUGUACCUAGCAGGCAGCAACUGUGAAAAAGUGCUGUUAUACAAAUCUGUAAAACAGUAUUGGUAGUUUUAUUUUCAAUCCCUUCCUAUUGAUCCUUAACACACAAUUCACCUUUUUCACAGUUGCUGCCUGCUGGGUACAUAUUUUAAUUGAGCUAACCACUACAGUGCUAUUAUACAAAUCUAGGAGAGCCAGUGUGGUGUAGUGGUUAGAGCGUUGGACUAUGACCUGGGAGACCAGGGUUUGAAUCCCCACACAGCCAUGACGCUCACUGAGUGACCUUGGGCCAGUCACUGCCUCUCAGUCUCAGAGGAAGGUAAUGGUAAACCACCUCUGAAUACCGCUUACCAUGAAAAUCCUAUUCAUAGGGUUGCCAUAAGUUGGGAUCGACUUGAAGGCAGUCAGUUUCCAUAUACAAAUAUACUGUGUGAUCACACUUGGAAUACUGUGUACCUUUCUAGCUGCAUUUUCACAAAAAGGAUAUUGUAGAGCUGGAAAAGGUUCAGAAAAGGGCAACCUAAAUCAUCAAGAGGAUGGAUCACCUCUAUGAAGAAAGGUUAUAGCAUUUGGGGCUUUUUAGUUUAGAAAAUGAGUGAGUGGGAGGGGGGCAGCAUGAUAGGUGUGUAUUAGAUUAUGCAUGGAGAAGAGAAAGUGUAUAGGGAGUUUUUUUCUUUCUCAUAAAACUAGAACCAGGGGCUACCCAGUGAAGCUGAAUGCUGGAAGAUUCAGAACAGAGAAAGUACUUCUUCAUACAAUACAUAGUUAAACUAUGGAAUU